AUGAGUUUAAUGAUUUUUUGUUAUUUUGCUUUAAAAUUUAUCAAAAGACAACCAUCUGAACCACAGUCUUAUGCUGAUGAUAUUUCAAGUAAUCAAAAUAGUAAUGAAUGUUAUGAUGGAAAUAACGGUACUUAUUCCGAAAUACAACACUUAUAUCAAAUUCAACCCAUUCCAACUAUUUCACAUAUUAUUUCAUCAACUAAACAAUCUUUGACAGAUUUAUGUUAUUCUAUGAUACCAUCCAAAUGGUCACAUAUCCAACAUACAAAUAAUCAACAAAGUCCAGACAACAAAAACAUGGAUUUACCAGUUUAA